UAGAGGCUCAACAUCGGUUUACGUCAAAAUUCAACAAAUUAAAUACAAAGCCGUAGUUUCAGUGACAUCCAAAGUCAUGGUGAGCUACUUGCAGCUGUUGUGCAUGACGCCCGUGAGUCCUUCGCCAGGAAAUCACUUAAAAGUUCAUCAAAAGCGCAGCCUGGCUCCCUUAAGCCCUUCGGCUCGACAAUGGGCUGACAUUGGCAGAAAAAGGAAAGCGGAAAAGUGGGAAAAGAACAACAAGAAGAGCAGGAAAACUGAAAAACAGUUUGCCUGCGCUGCGAAUGUCAAGUCCAUGGGACACAAACAAGGAAGCACAGAAACAGAAAAACCCAAUUCGAGGAGCUCACAAAAACGAAAAAAAGGAACAAAGAGUAAACCUCAGCAUAACACCAUGAAACUGCCUUACUUUAUAAGCCCGAAGUGUGUUCAAAAUCAAAAUCAGUUUGUUGAGGGACAGAAGAAAUCCUUUAGUUAUAAAUAUCACGAAUUUUCGAUUUACGAUUUAAAUGAAGCAGCUCUAAGAGCCAAAAUGGCUACAGCUAAGUACUUUGAAAAAAUUAAUCAGAUUCAAAAGUUGAAAAUUGAGUACGUAAAAGAGUAGAAUGUUUCGGUCCAUAACAGCCAUUAAUAUUAAUGAUUAUGCAAUAUUUUAACAUACGUAAUGCAGAACAUUAAAAAGAAGAACAAAAAAUCAAAUACCUAUAAACAAAAACCGAAAUAUGAUUGAAAGACUGAUGCUAUACCAAUUUCUACAUCUUACUUCAGACAGUCAAUAGAACUCACCACAUAGGUUGGCGUCUAGACUAAAAACAACUUGACCAUAGAUUCAAACC